AGAACCAACACGCCCAUAAAAUAAACACUGAAGAACAUGACAGGAUUAUUAGUAGCACAUAAAGGUUUAGAACGUUAUAAGUCAGUUUCAUUGACUGCGAUCCGAUCGCACAGUUGAACACGCAAUGUGCAUUGAAUCGCUGUACAAAAAUGGGCUAAUUGUUACCAUUUUCGGAACUGUGUUUACGAUUGUGAUUGCGAUUAUAGGAUGGGCGGCAAUGCCAGGGAUCAUUGCCAGCGUAUCCAAGAAGACUCUGGUUCUGGAAGAGGGCAACUUCGUUUGGAAUUUAUGGCAUGAUCCUCCGUACCCCAUUUACACUGAUUUUUACAUUUUCAAUUGCACGAAUUAUGAAGAUGUCGUUCGAAACGGUACGAAACCCAUUGUUGUCGAACUCGGACCUUAUUCGUACAGGGAGUAUCGCAAUAAGGACACUAACGUUGAAGAAAAUCCCCCAGACCGUGUUUAUUACAGAGAGCAUCGAUUGUACUAUUUCAGCAAAGAUACGAGCGGUCCAGGCCUCAGCCUCGAUGAUGUAAUCACCACCGUCAACCCUAUUUACAUGACCGUUUCAUCAUAUUUGGAUCGCUUGCCAACUAACGAUAGUGCUGCCGAUGUAGCAGUCAAUCUGAUUGACAAUUUUUUGAAAGAAAGAGGCGAAUCUGUUUUCAUGACAGUCACAGCAGAUGAGCUGAUAUUUAAAGGAUGGCCACUGGAUACGUACGUUGAGCUGUAUCUAAGGAUUCAGGAUAUCUUUAAUCCAUGGCCUCCAUUUUUUCCAGACAGGCCACCCGAUCUUCCAUUUUUACCUGAUUUACCACCGGACAUCAUCGAUGAGGGCGUAACACUAGGUCUUUUCAAAGCGAAAAAUGACACGAACGAUGGCCUUUUUCUAGUCAACCGAGGCACAGCCGACUACCGACUCUUUGCUAAUAUUGAAGCUUGGGGUAAAACCCUUGAAAACUCUUCUGCGUACCUGCCCUACUGGCCAGGAGAAAAAUCCUAUUGUAACGAAAUACAAGGAACGGAUGGAACCGUAUUUCCAUAUGGCAUCGAUGUUGAUGACAAGAUUUGGAUUUAUCAAACUGAUUUGUGUCGGACGGUUUACACUGUUUACGAACAACACGAAACAUUUCGAGACUUGCCGGCACGGCGAUUCAUUCUUCCAAAAUCGGUGCUGGAAAACCGAACAAACGCGCCAGAAAAUGAAUGCUUUUGCUUAGACGAAGACGAUGAAGGAACAUGUCCUAACACUGGUGCCCUUUUCAUCGGAGCUUGUUAUGGAGGAGCUCCGUUGAUUGGUUCCAAUCCGCAUUUUUUUAACGGCGAUCCCAGGUACAUCAACGGAGUAGAAGGGCUGAGCCCCAACAAAGCGAAACAUGAAACUUAUUUGAUUUUAGAGGAGCGAACGAAUACUUUGCUGUAUGCGUCUAAACGAGUUCAACUAAGUAUCGAUGUUCGGAAAACUCGCCUGUCGGGCACAGCGAAUCUACAGGGAAGAGUUUUCUUACCUGUACUUUGGUACGAAGAGAACGCCAUGAUAGAUGACGCAAAUGCGGAAAAGUUUAAUCUGUUCACUGUCAUCGAAAUUGUGCUUUGGACACUCUUCGCCAUAGGAUUGGUGCUAGCGGUUGUGGGCGCCUUCCUAAUUGCUUUUCACUUUCACAAAGAAAAAAAGUUAUCGAAAACAGUAUAAAAAAGCUAUUGAAUUGAAGGAAAUUUUUUUAAACACGGAACGCCAUCAGUUGAGACUGAACUUAUUGAUACCUUACUUCCACG